AAUAAAUUGGACAUAUGAAGGAUUAUAAACUAAACUACGGUUUCGUAUCCUCUGAAAAUGUUUAGUUAUAAAACAAAAAAAUGCUAAUUACGAAACAGUGUCUGUCUGUCUGUCAUGUAGAAAAGUGAAAUAUCAAAUUUUAUUUCCAGUAACGGAAUGUAAGACAAAAACAUGUACUAUUUCCGAGUUCUGCAACGAAUACACAGUUUGCCCUAAAUACUAAUAUAAUUGGAUUUGAUCGAAAAAUUCUAAUAUCAAACCCUAUUCAGUUAGAAAAAUAGAAAAUCAAAAUGCCUGGAAAAGACAAGUGUAUUACGAAAGAAAUAAUCAGUUUAAAAAAACCAUCAGCACUAGAUAAAGUAAUCGACAUAGUACCUAAGCCACAGGGUGCCAUUCCAAAUUUUGGUUUACCAAAAUGGAAAGUGAUGCCUUUAGAAUCAAAAAUCCCAAUGAUCCCUGGACCAAAAAAUGCUUACUGUUUCACACGACGAAAGCUGGGUAAAAGAUUAUGGCUCCGAACACAAACUACCGAUUUUGACUUAACAGAUCCAUACAACUAUGAGAUAAAUUUUCCAUACGACAUUCUGCACGACGAGUAUCUCAAAUCGACUUUAUCUCGCCCAAAAAACAUCAAACAUUUAAUAAAAUUAGGAUUCAUAACCGAAGAUUUAGAUGCAAAGUGUUCAUUGAAAGAUUAUAAUGUGUACAGAAGAUAUUUAAAAAAACUACACAAUGACAGUAUCAAUAAAGAAUUGAAAUUAAAAGCUGAAUUAAAUGAUGAAAGGAGAGCUUUACAAUUAGCCGAGGAAAGAGUAAACAAUUAUAUAGAAAGAUUAAAUGAACAGGAAAAAAAGAAUGAAGUUCGCAAUGAAGCACGCGAAAGGCUCAGAUUAGAAGAACAAUCAAGGAUACGAAAACAAAAAGAAAAUUUAGUUAAAGUUAUGCAGCGAUGUACCUUGAUUGCAAUAACUAAGAAGGAGGCAGCUCUUAGGCGGCUGGAAAAAUCAAGGGCAAAAUCUGAACACAUACAGCAGAAACGGAUGGCCGCUGCUGAAAUUGAACGGCAAAGAAUAAUUAAAACGAUAAUUCAAUGGAAACACAGUGAGCACGAGCGCAAAAAAGCCGUCAAGCAGCGGCUAAUUGAAGAACGUGAGAGGAAACUUAAAUCUGUGGAAGAAAAAUGGGAAAGGAGGCAAGAACACCAACAAAAGCAAAUGCACAGAGAACAGUUUUUAAUGAAUUGCCUCCAGGAAGAACGACGAAUAUUCAUUGAGGAAUAUAAUAAGAAAGUAGAGAGACACAGAAACAAGAUCCAAAGUUGUUUGAAAAAACAGAAACGAUUUAGAAAAUGCUAUGCAGCGCGGACCAUAUCAGAGCAUAAAAGACGAAUCUGCUGCAGAAUACCUAAUCAAAAGAAGCAACGUCAGCAUAAUGAAGAUAAGGGUUAUAAAAAUGCUCUUUGUCUUCCUAAAUUACAAUCUUCGCGCAUUGAUGAUAGGAUAGCAAAGAUAAGAGAUAAAAUUGAGAAAGAAAGAAAAGGAGAGGUGAAGCCGCAGAAAACAAAGUUGAAACAAUACAAAACUAUUACAACCAGUAAAAAAAAAUUCUCAAAAAAAGAAAAAAAUGUGUUAGAAAAGAAGGAAGCUCUGUCAGAACUUGAACAGGAUCAUAACAUUCUAUUAAAUCUUACAAAGUUGGAAGAAUUUGCAUCGCAGCCAUUACCAUUACCCAUGACUAAAGAUAAAUGCAAAUGCAAAAAAAUCUCAGAGAUGAAAAAUACAGUUAAAUAAAAUGGUGUUUUGUUGUA